AACCAUGGCAACCCUGGCCACCACCAAAAUCUAAACUACACGCACACACCACACAUUUUCCCAUCAGCAGCACCAAACCGGACAGCAAAUUAAUUUCCUUGGCAACUUUUUAAUUAUAAUUAAAAAAUGUCCGGGUUAACAUCCAGGCCCCUGAAGAUCGACGCGGCGGGUCACAUGUUGGGUCGCCUGGCCGCGACGGUCGCGAAGGCCUGUCUCCAAGGCAACAAGGUCGUCGUCCUCAGGGCCGAAUUAAUCAACAUGAGCGGGAACUUUUACAGAAACAAAUUGAAAUACUUGUCCUUCCUGCGUAAACGAUGCAACGUGAACCCGGCGCGCGGUCCAUUCCAUUAUCGCGCCCCUUCGGAAAUUUUCAAGCGCACCGUGCGCGGCAUGGUCCCGCACAAAACGGAGCGCGGAAAGGAGGCGCUCAAGAGGAUGAAGGUGUUCGAAGGGAUCCCACCACCGUAUGAUAAGAAGAAAAGGGUCGUCGUUCCUCAGGCAAUGAGGGUCAUGUGUCUGAAGCCGGGGAGGAAGUACUGUUACCUUGGCCGCCUGUCGACCGAGGUCGGUUGGAAGUACGCCUCGGUGCUGCACACUCUUGAGAACAAGCGCCGGAUGAAGAACGCCGUUCGAGAAAAGGUUCGGAAGAUGAAGAGGAAACUCACGCGCGAGGCGGCGGACAAGGUCGCGGCCAAACAAGGCAAACACGUCGUCAGCGUCGUCAAGUUGUACGGUUAUUAAUUUCCAUGGCAAUUUGGUUAAAUAAAAAAAAUUGUUUUUUAAGGGGAA